AGCUCCGCGUAAUGCGCCAAGGCCCCAGAGCAAGCACCGGAUCCUCGAGGGAGCCUGGGAAGGGUGCGAGUGGGCUUGGGAACAGUUGUUACACGAUGGAGGGUUUAUUGAUGCGGCGAAUCGUAAAUGAGCUGGUGCUGAAAACUCACUGGAACCAUGGGGUCUGAAAACCCAAGUCCACAGAACCCUGGCUGUAAGAUCAUGACCUUCCGUCCCACCCUAGAGGAGUUUCGGGACUUUGGGAAAUAUGUUGCCUACAUUGAAUCGCAGGGAGCACAUAGGGCAGGGCUUGCCAAGGUGAUUCCUCCCAAGGAAUGGAAGCCCCGAAAAACUUAUGACGACAUUGAUGACAUGGUCAUCCCAGCACCUAUCCAGCAGGUGGUGACUGGACAGUCGGGGUUGUUCACCCAGUAUAAUAUACAGAAGAAACCCAUGACGGUGGGAGAAUACCGGCGUCUCGCCAACAGUGAGAAGUACUGUACUCCGCGCCACCAAGAUUUUGAAGACCUGGAACGCAAAUACUGGAAGAAUCUGACGUUCGUCUCACCAAUUUAUGGGGCAGAUAUCAGUGGCUCACUAUAUGAUGCAGAUGUAGAAGAAUGGAAUAUAGGGAAUCUGAACACCCUGUUGGACAUGGUGGAGCAUGAGUGUGGGAUUAUCAUAGAAGGUGUGAACACUCCCUAUCUUUAUUUUGGCAUGUGGAAAACAACAUUUGCAUGGCAUACUGAGGACAUGGAUCUCUACAGCAUCAACUACCUGCAUUUUGGGGAGCCGAAAUCCUGGUAUGCCAUACCACCAGAGCAUGGCAAGCGAUUGGAACGCCUGGCAAAAGGAUUUUUCCCAGGAAGCUCUCAGGGAUGUGAUGCCUUCCUCCGCCACAAGAUGACCCUAAUUUCUCCCUCCAUCUUGAAGAAAUAUGGCAUCCCAUUUGACCGGAUCACCCAAGAGGCUGGAGAGUUUAUGAUCACGUUUCCUUAUGGCUAUCAUGCUGGAUUCAAUCAUGGCUUCAACUGUGCUGAGUCCACCAACUUUGCCACACUGCGGUGGAUUGACUAUGGCAAGAUGGCUACGCAAUGCACCUGCCGCAAAGACAUGGUGAAGAUUUCCAUGGAUGUUUUUGUAAGGGUUCUACAACCAGAACGUUAUAACUUAUGGAAACAAGGGAAAGAUAGUGCUAUUCUGGACCACAUGAAACCCACAGCUCUGACCAGCCCAGAGCUGGAUGCCUGGAAUGAGACAAAGGCUGAGCUGAAAGCUAAGCUGCUCCGCAGGAUGGGAGAUGAAGAAGAGGACAGCAAACAAAGCUACCGGUCUCACAGAAAAAGAAGUCAACCUAGAAGGCAUAAAACAGAAGAUCAGAAGUCUCUUGGGGAAGUCAUAGCUAUGGAGACUGCCCUGGAAGAAGUCAAAAUGAAGGAGGAGUUGAAAAGAGGGCCAGACCUAGAUGAAGAGGAGAGAAGCAAAGUGACUGAGGGGGGAGAAGGAGACACCAAGGUAAAAGGCCGUCCUCCAAAAGUAAAAGGUGAGAGAAAGAAGAAGCACUCUCAUCAUCAGCAUCACCACCAUCACAGUCACCACCUGCAGCCACCUCAGCCUCCUCUGCAGCCACAGCAGCAGCCGCCACCACCUCCACAGCCGCAGCAGCCACCUGCAGAGGAAGAGGCACCAGCAGCAAGGCCACUGAUUCCCGUAGCAGCACCAGCAUCAGCCACAGCAGAGAAGAGCUUACCCUCUGUUCCCCUCAACGUCGUCCAGCCAUCAGAGGUGCCAAGCGAGGAGGAAGACUUUAAGCCCCGACCCAUUAUUCCCAUGCUUUAUGUGGUUCCACGGACCAAAAAGGUGGUAUUUGAAAAGGAGCGCAUGUCCUGCCAGCAGGCCUUUGAGCAGUUUGCCACACAAAAAGGCCAGGUUUGGCGGGAGCAGACGGUCCCUUUGGAGCUCACAGUGAAGGAGGAGGAGAGCGGAGAAGCAGAAAAUGCAGAUGUUGCCACUGAGGUCAAUGACUUACAGGCCACUUCUGCUUUUUCAAAAAUGAAGAUGGAGAUAAAGAAAAGUCGCCGUCAUCCACUGGGCAAACCACCGACCCGAUCCCCAUUAUCUGUGGUUAAACAGGAGACCUCAAGUGAUGAAGAAACGUUUCCAUUUUCUGGGGAGGAGGAUGUGAGUGACCCAGAGGCUUUGAAGUCUUUACUUUCCCUGCAGUGGAAGAAUAAAGCACAUAACUUCCCGGCUGAGCGCAAAUUCAAUGCAGCUGCUGCCCUAAGUGAGCCCUACUGUGCUGUCUGUACCCUCUUCUACCCUUAUACCCAGUCCUUACAGAUGGAGAAAGAGGCUGUCCAGGUCUCCAUAGGAGAGAGCUCCUCCUUGCUCCAGCUUUCCAAGUGUGGACAGAAGACAAAGCCCCUGAUCCCUGAGAUGUGUUUUACCUCAGGUGGUGAAAACACAGAACCCCUUCCUUCCAACUCGUACAUUGGAGAAGAUGGAACCAGCCUCCUGAUAUCCUGCGCCAAGUGCUGCCUGCAGGUUCAUGCUAGUUGCUAUGGAAUACGCCCUGAUCUAGUGAAUGAAGGCUGGUCUUGUUCACGGUGCUCAGCCAGUGCGUGGGCAGCGGACUGCUGCCUUUGUAAUCUCAGGGGAGGAGCUCUUCAGAUGACCACUGAUGGAAGGUGGAUUCAUAUAAUCUGUGCUAUUGCUGUCCCAGAAGCCCGCUUCCUCAAUGUAAUAGAGCGCCAUCCUGUGGACAUCAGUUCUAUUCCAGAGCAAAGGUGGAAACUGAAAUGUGUGUACUGCCGGAAGCGGAUGAAGAAGGUUUCCGGUGCCUGCAUUCAAUGCUCCUAUGAGCACUGCUCCACUUCCUUCCAUGUGACCUGUGCACAUGCCGCAGGGGUACCCAUGGAGCCAGAUGAUUGGCCAUAUGUUGUGUCCAUCACUUGCUUCAAACAUAAAGCAGCCAACCACAAUGUCCAGUUUCGGAGGGAAGUAUCACUGGGGCAGACUGUGAUUACAAAGAACCGCAAUGGACUCUACUACAGGUGUAAAGUGAUUGGCAUGACAACACAAACUUUCUAUGAAGUGAACUUUGAUGAUGGCUCUUACAGCGACAAUGUGUACCCGGAAAGCAUUACUAGCAGAGACUGCAUUCAGAUGGGACCCCCUCCAGAAGGCGAGUUGGUUCAGCUGCAGUGGACUGAUGGAAUCAUCUACAAGGCCAAGUUUAUUGCAGCUCAGAUCAGUCAGAUUUAUCAGGUGGAGUUUGAAGAUGGCUCUCAGUUGAUGGUAAAACGUGGUGAUAUUUACACGUUGGAGGAAGAGCUUCCUAAGAGAGUGAAAUCUCGCCUGUCCCUCAGCACUGGGGCCCCUCAGGAAGGUGGAUUUUCGGGAGACGAAGUGAAGGCGGCCAAGCGUCCCCGAGUGGGGAAUUCCAGGAAUCCUGAGGACUAUGGACAGAACCCAGAUUACUUGGCCUUCAUGGAGACCCUGCUGCAGACGCAGUACCAACCAGGACCACAGAGCAACAUGUUUUAACCUGGAUUAAUAGUUAAAAAAAAAAUUAACCCUUUUCAAGCCUGAUGAAAAAUAAACCAGGAAACUGUGGAACAAAAGGCCAGCCCUGUGCAAUAGCCUGCUGUGAAAUCCUUCUUCUGCUCGUGGUUUGGACUGCAAGAAAAUCCUGUCUGGCUACAGGCUACCUCUACUCUGUCAGAUGCAUUGCUGACCAAUAGGGAGCUCAACCCCCCAUCAGGCAGCGUUUUGCGUGAAGACUUUGGAAGAGUUUGUACUAAUGGAGCUUUGUGAUUGGCUCCUUUUUUGUAAGGUUUGGAAAGGGUUAACAUUGAUGAAAAAUGAAAUGACUCAGAUUUUUAAACCACAUCAAACUCUUUUGUCUUUAAAAGGUGCUAUUUCACUGACUACUGAAGCAGCCUUUGGAAUCCUGUUUUCUGUACAUACAAAUCACCUUUGUGACGUUUUCUAUAAAUGAGCAUUAUUUAAAAAAAACCACACACACAAAAAUAGGAAAGCGACAAUUUCCACAAAUAAUUUUUUUCUAGAUUGUGGCUUUAAAACUGAAAAAAAAAAACAUAAAAUCAUUCCCACUCCUCUCCCCGCAAGUGGAAUGUCAUUUAUCAUUGCAGUGGGGAGAGAGAACAGGCACCGUGGGUUGUUUUUUAAAGCAAUGUUUUCUUUGUAUCCUGGGGAAAGGUGAGGAGAAAUGUCUUAUU